GCAGUCUGCUACAGACAAGGGAAGCGCUUCAGCUGGUACGGAGCCUCCGCACGGCGGACUCACACAGACAAUAGCACAAACCGAGAGCCGUGGAGCCUGUAUGAGGGGUUAAAGCGCAGCGCUUUGCUAUUUUAUCCGUGCCGUUUUGGAUUACUUCCACUAUUCUCCCUGUCGGCUGUUACAACCCGGCUCUAUUUUGUCACUGAUGGUGAUCGGAUACGCGAAUUGGUGAUUGUUCAUGCUGACGCCAUGAGUGGGCUUCUCAAGAGGAAGUUUGAGGAGGUGGAUGAGGACCCCUGCUACUCCUCACCCUCCUCCCUCUCCUCUGCCUGCUCCGGCUGGGACUCGGAAGGAGAGAGCUGCUACUCGGACACCCUUGAUUCCACUCCCAGCAACCCCAGCUCCCCGGCAACACAUUUCAACACAACAUCCAUCCUCAAGAAAUCCAAGAGAGCACGACGAGGCAAUGUGACCUUCGACCAGGUGACGGUAUUCUUCUUCCCUCGGUGCCAAGGCUUCACAAGCGUUCCCAGUCGAGGAGGAUGCACUUUGGGAAUGAUGCAGCGCCACAGCUUGCUCCAAACGUACACGCUGGCGGAGUUUGCUGUGGAGCAGCGGUUCCUACGGCGGGAAAAACUCCUCAACAGACUCAGGGAGGAGAAACUCGAGGCCCUUAAACUGAAGCUGACCAAGAACGGAACUCAAAAGAGUGAAGAGGCUGAGCAGCUAACGGUGGACGACAUCCCUGAGCAGGACAUCGACAUCAGUGCGGCCAACUUAGAGGAGGGCUCUUUCCUCCAGCCUUACCCUCCUAAACGGCGCUACGCUCUGCUUAAAGCAGCCGGUGUGAAAAAGAUCGACAAGGAGGAGAAGAGGCAGCUGCAUGACCUAAGGAUCUCCAGGGAGAACUGCGGUUGUGACUGUCAGGGCUUCUGCGAGCCUGAGACUUGCAGCUGCAGUCUAGCAGGCAUCAAAUGUCAGAUGGAUCAUUCCUCUUUUCCAUGUGGUUGCACGAAGGACGGCUGCGGAAACAUCGAGGGUCGCAUUGAGUUCAACUCCACCAGGGUACAAACGCAUUACAUCCACACCAUCAUGAAGCUGGAGCUGGAGAAGAGGCUGGAGGAGCAGUCUAGCACUGAGGAGGAGGAGGAUGAGAACUCAACAGGGGCCAACACCUUACCAGCAGUGCCCUCUUUUCCUUUUAGCUCAGAGCAGGCGGCGGCAGGGGAGAACAGCUGCAGCAGCGACAUGACGGACUCAAACUCAUCGGGUCAGAGCGAUUGUUCUGAAGGAAGUGAGGGCCUGUGCGAGGCUCGGACCCAGCUGGACGUAGACGAGAAAGGCUUGAGCCGCAUUCUCAGUUUCAGCGACACAGAGAACUGCUCAAGAAGCAGCAAGGACAGCGAGGAACAUAAAGACAUUUGUUGCCAAGAUCAGCAGCAGCCAUCUAGGGAGACUUUUAGUAGCUUUAGCAUGGUGGAUUUUGCGGACGAGAAUGACAAUAUAAACGCUGCUUUGUUAGACGAUCAUACAGACAAUCGAGGAACGGCUAUCUCAGAACUUUUAGACGAGAACGCCAACCAGGGAAAUGCCCUUUUUCAUAGCAGUAGUGUUCCACGCACGCCAUCACCAACAGUGGAUCGUUCGGCGAGCUACAACAUGGACCUUAGCCUCUCAUCGGAGUCUGAUUUGGAGUUUUUUGAUGGCUUCCCUUGUUUGGGACCUAGUUCGCUCUACAACUCCCUCAAGGAGUACGAACACAUGGACAACUUUUUCCAGUUUCAGUUGCCUAGCUGCCCCAGUCUCCCUCCAGUGAGCGACCCAGGGACGUGCCUCCUGGAGUCGCUCAUUGGCCUUUCAGAAUCUGUCCCAGAACCUCCUGCCACAUUUACAGACAAUCAGCUGUUGGAGGAAGCCAUGAAAUUGUCUGUGAUGGAGUCUGUGAAAGUUUGACAACAAAAAGAACAGGGGUUUCUUUGGUAGGGGAUUAAAAAUGCACAUAAGAAGUUGAUUUUUGAGGAAGCUGUGAUUUCCCUCUUGCCUAAAUAAAUGUUAAAAUUCCAGGCUUGCCUUCAAAACGUUUGCAAAGCAGUGUGGGAUUAUUGCUGUGUGAGACGGCAGCUAGUGUUAAAAGAUACAAAAAUAGAGAUAAAUUCGACCAGGCCAGGGGAAACCAAUGAUGGCUCUCAAUUCCUAAGAAAGCUCUUUUAACCAAACCAAGAUCACCAACCUUGAAGCUAAACAGGAAUCUUUAACUGUAACCAGGGCCAGGUUGGGAUUCUCAACACAGCUGAAUGUGCACCUCAGGGAUUUUUUUCUAGCUUUCUAGCUUUUGGAGGCAAUGUAUGGUGACCAUUGCUGUGAUGGCCUUCAUAUGAAACCCAACAAAGUCCUUGAGUAGAAUCGGGUCCUUUUGUGGUGAAUCUGGACUCUUUCUCCUCAAGAUCUCUCCUAAGGGUCUCAGUAUAUGGUACAAAAAUAUCCCUAAAAAAAAAGCUCCUCGAUCAGCACUUUAUCUGUGAAAAUAGUUAUGUAUGAAUAGGCAUUGUUUGGUUGUAUGGGAUCGAUUCAACAGUUCAACGCUAAAUUAUGGAGUUCCUUAUUUAUGAGCUGGGUAACAGGAAAUAACGCUCACGCCAUCAAAAGCUGUAGCUCUAAUGUCUUUAUUACCUUUGUUUAAAUUAUUUCCUUUAUUUUAUUUAUUUCAGAUUCACUCAAGAAGCACUGUGGUUUGAUUUUUUCACCUGAAAGUGCAAUCUUCCUUCAUUUCUUUUUCCAUAUCACAUUUUGGCGUUGAUACGGGAAACGGGACCACAAGUCCACCAGAAAGUAUUUAAUAUCUAUACUCUUUAACUUUUUUGGUAAAUUAUUAUGUCAUCAUUUCAUUUAGUUAUUUAAUUUAAGACAUUUUUGGCAAUAAAAUAAGGGUGUUUUGAAGUUUACUGGAUGUGCCUGCUUAGAAGAGGAGCCAUGCCUGCUCCUGUUUAAGCUUUGGGACUGAAAACUGUGGAUCUCCCUAAUCACUGAAACUAAAUGAUGGGUCUGUUGUAUCGCUGCCUAUAAUGUAACCAUAGAAAAUUACACUAAUAUUUUUUAACUAAUUUAUGUAGGUUGACAAAAGAAUUCUAAUCGCUGACAAAUUGAAUAUUUUAUUAAGAAAGCAAAUUGAGUAAUUUUCAAUCUGAGACAAGCUUUGUAAUAUAUGAAUUAUAGAGAAAUGUCUACUUAUGAAGGUUAACUCUCUCUAGAAUUCAGAGGUAUUUUUCAUAGGCAGCCUUAUGGUUUGAUAUCUUAGCGAAAUGCCACUAAAACUUAAGUAAAUUGCAAAGAUCAAUUUGAUUGUAUUCUGGAAGUCUGUGACUUGGGUUACACUAUGUUAUAAAUGACACAUGUAAAGGGGUUUUUGGGGGUAAAAAUUGCAUAUAUUAUACAAUUUUUACUGCACACUAAAGCCCUCAAAAAUGAAGAGUUGCCUCAUCAAUUACAGAACAAGACCUAUCAAAGGUGAUUGUGCUGUCGCCUGUGUGAACCGUUGAGGACACUAGAGAGUUGCUGUACAUAUCUCACCCUUUCUACAGCUGUUUCAGCAGCCUUUCUGGACCCUUUAGAAAUUAUGCAUGCAGGUCCUGUUUGUUAAAACUUGUUCUGAUUAAUUGUAUACUUUGAAAAGUGCAGAGUGCACAUUGGAAAUGUAUUAUUCGCUUUUUGCCUUUUUGAUUAUUUUGAAAUCCAUCCGAUGUAUGUUCUUACGCCAUGAAGAGGGCACUGAUUUUUGCAAGCAAACGUUUGUUUCUCUGGUAUAAAACAUCAAUUCUCAUGAAGAAAUGGCAACAGUGAGUGUUUAUCAAUGUAAUGUAUUACAGUACAGCUUUUUUCAAGAUUUUAUUUUCAAAGAACGUGUCUUACUUUUUUGCCUUUUGUGUUGUACAUAUUUCUGCUUGAAUGGUCCUGCAGAGCAAACAAAGCUGCUUUAUUUUUUACAUAUUCACACUUUAACCUGCUGUUCAAAAACAGUUUCUUUCAUCUAAGCCAUUUUGACAGCCUGUCCCUCCAAAUAAUAAUAAAAAAAAACAUUUUCUAAAAACUUGACUCUCUUGU